AUUUUGAAAGGUAGAGCAAGCGAGCUACCCAUUCCACCCAUGUCUGCCAAAGCAAUUUCCAUGGGGACCUUAGCCAUGGCUUUUCAUCCCCACCCCCCACCUCCCACCACUCUGUUCUUCCAUUUCUGUACUUAAAUUCCAUUAUUCUGCUUACUGCAUAUUCUCCCCCCACCAUUGAAGCAAACCCAAUUCUUCCCACUUUUUUCCCUUUUCUUUGUGGGUAUCUCUGCUUUUGUUUCUUUGAGGGUUUCUAGAUCUCUGUUCUUUCCCUCGAGAUCUGCUUCCAAAUGGGUUUCUCCAUUGGUACUUGUUCUAACCCGAGGGUGCCCCACCUUGAGUUAGAGCAUCAACAUUCCCACUAUAACGAGCUCAAGAUUAAGACCCUUUUGAGAAAAAUGAUUUGGGAACUUGGGUUAGCGUGUAUUACUCCUCCUGCUCGUCUUCGCCGCAAGAAUCAGGGCAUUCAAGAUGAUGAUCACCACACCAAUGUCGAUGGGAAAAUCAAGAAUCUCGAGCACAAUAAAGCUUGGUUGCUUGCGGAGUCUGGUCCUUGUGGUGGGGAGUCCUCAAAUACUGAUCCACAAUCGGUUCACUCGUCUUUUCGGUUUAGUUUUUGCUCUCAAGUUGAGCUUGAAACCAUGAAUAUCGGCUCUUCAACCACUGCGGCCACUGUUUUGAUGGUGAAUUUGGAAAAUGGAAUGAUGGCUGAUGCUCUCACCAAAGAAUUGAAAUGGCGGAGGAUUGAAUCAUUGGAAAAGAGCAUUUCCCCUGUGGCUCAUACUUUGAUUCGAUUCAGAUAUCGCGAAAUUCUUUCUGCUACUCGUAAUUUCUCAAAAGGCAGAGUUCUGGGAAGAGGGGCCUUAAGUUGUGUAUUCAGGGGAAGAGUUGGGUUUUUAAGAACAGCUGUGGCUAUCAAACGUUUGGACAAGGAAGAUAAAGAGUCUGCGAAGGCGUUCUGCAGAGAAUUGAUGAUUGCUAGCUCUCUUCAUAACCCAAAUAUUGUUCCUCUUGUGGGGUUUUGUAUUGAUCCAGAAGAGGGCUUGUUUUUGGUUUAUAAGUAUGUUUCUGGUGGAAGUUUAGAAAGACAUUUGCAUGAGAAGAAGGGAAUAAAGGGUUCCUUGUCUCUUUCCUGGUCGGUGAGGUUUAAGAUUGCUCUUGGAAUUGCUGAGGCUGUGGCGUAUCUUCACAAUGGAACUGAAAGAUGUGUUGUUCAUAGAGAUAUUAAGCCUUCAAAUAUCCUUCUUUCGUCCAAGAAAGUGUCAAAGUUAUGUGAUUUUGGGUUAGCGACAUGGACUGCUGCUCCAUCUGUGCCUUUCCUUUGCAAAACUGUCAAAGGAACAUUUGGUUACCUAGCUCCGGAAUAUUUCCAGCACGGGAAGGUAUCAGAUAAAACAGAUGUCUACGCUCUAGGAGUCGUGUUAUUGGAACUCAUAACGGGCAGGAAGCCGAUCGAAGAAAGAACUCGUGGAGAGGAGAAUUUGGUUUUAUGGGCAAAGCCACUCUUGCAGAAAGGGAAAGGGGCGAUUACCGAGCUGCUUGAUCCGCAAGUGACGUGUACGACGAAGAAUUCGAAUCAAAUAGUCCAAAUGAUCGAAGCUGCCGCUGCUUGCAUUACCGGUGAAGAAUCUCGCAGGCCCGGGAUCUUAGAGAUCAUUGCAAUAUUGAAAGGUGAAGAACAGCCUCUGCCCAACAGAUCAAAGAGGUCUGGUUUCUUGAGCCAUGGAUGUGUCACUGAUUGUUAUUCGCAGUUUCAAAACACGAACAGCGAAAUGACGAGUCAUUUAGCGUUGGCCAUGUCGGGACUCCCCGAAUUCGAAGAAGACGAUUACCUUUUCUGCCGUUGAAAAGUCAGAUUAUUUUCCCUCAUUUUAGUUGAAUCAAAUCAUUGAUGAUUUUGUAAAUAUGAUCAUUUUUGUACAGAUGUUCUGUUUGGAAGUGGUUGGUUGAGACACAAUCAUGGAAGUUGCAGCUUAACAACCAAAUCAACGUUUUCCAUAAUGAAAAAUGUUAAGAAAA